AUGGGCAACUCUUCCAGGAAGGACGAAGGGGAAGAGGAGGAAGAGGGGGCGAAGGACGGCGAAGAGGACGAUGUGGAAGCGACGGAGGAUAAAGUAGAGGAAGAGGUGGAGGUCGAGCUUCCGCUGGGGGUGGAGGAGYUGCUGGAGAGCGGCGACCCCGUCUUAGACUUGAGUUAUCGCAAAUUUAAGAGGUUGCCUUCGCGCGUUUGUCAACUGAUGCAUCUGGAGAAGCUUUACGUUUGCGGGAACAGCCUGCGCACGAUGCCUGAUGGCCUCUCGCAGCUGCAGGGUCUGCGGACGCUCGCCCUGGACUUCAACAAGAUCGGCGACGUUCCCUCAGCCGUUUGUCAGCUCGCUGGUCUCACCCGUCUCUACCUGGGCAGCAACCGGCUGAUGAGCCUCCCGCCUGAGUUCACCAACCUGCAGAGUCUGAGAGGCUUGUGGAUAGAGAGCAACUUCUUCAUGGCUUUUCCCCGUGAGCUUUAUGACCUGCCCCACCUGAAGUCCCUGCAGAUGGGGGAUAACCGGCUGAAAACRCUGCCCCAAGACUUGUGCCGCAUGAAGGCUCUGAAGGGAUUAUGGCURUACGGAAACCGCUUUGAAAGCUUCCCCAAAGUCCUGCACCGCAUGGAGUCUUUGGAGAUCUUAGACCUGGACAAGAACAAAAUAUCAGAGCUUCCCAGCCUGAAGCGCCUCAAGGCCCUCCGCCUGUUCUCCUACGACCACAAUCCAAUCAAGGAACCUCCUAAGGUGGGCGAGGAGGUGUUCCUGGUCGGUGAGGGGGCUGCCGAGUUCAUGGACAAACGUGAGGCCAGGAAGGAGAGGCUACGCAAGGCCGCCGAGGAGGAGGCAGAGGAGUUGGCCGUGGCUGAAGAGGAACCGGUGAUUCACGGCAUCCUCAAGAACAGCAGCGCAAACUCGAAAUCGGGAACGGAUGAAGCGGCGGAGACCGUCGAAGACUCGGACAUCAGAGACGAAGAGUCCCUGGUGAAGGACGAGGGGGAGGCCGAGGAGGGAGGCUGCGUGGAGCAGCCAGUGAUGGAGUACGACGGAGCGGAGCUGGAAUACGAUGAAGAGAUGGUCGAAUACGAGACGGAAGAGCUGAUAUGUGAGGGAGAAGGGUUUGAGUAUGAAGGAGAGGAGCUGGAAUAUGAAAGUGCUCCAAUGGACUACGAGUAUGAAGAUGGGGAGGAACUAGAAGACACGGGGAGACAAGACAAAGGUGCAUGAAUUCAUCACCCAGUGGCGUCCAAACUUGGUCCUCAAGGACCACUACCCUGCAGGUUUUGCUGUUUCCCUGCCUCAACACAACUAGCACCAAAUCACUCUCACAAUCCUGCAUGUUUUAGAAAUGUUUCCUCUCUUAACUUAAACCAUUGGUUGACUAACAAGCAUUUGCAGAACAUGAAGAGRUAAUUCAACCACUGAAUCAGGUGUGUUGAUGCAGGGAAACCAUUAAAACGUGAAGGUUAUUGGCCCUCGAGGACCAGRACGAAACACCUAAACUAUCAGAUAAUCCUCUGACAGAUGGACACAGAUGAUCGUAAAUCAAACCAACAGGGACAAAGUUGAUUUAAUGGGCACUUUCUA